AUGGCAAUUGCAGCUUGUGUUUCUCCUAGCCUGUGGCUGGCUUCAAAUCCCAGCAAAAGAUGGGGCGAACUCUUCUUCCUCCUCUACACCCCCUUCUGGCUCACCCUCUGUCUCGGCAUUGUUGUUCCCUUCAACCUUUACGAGAAUUUCACAGAAUUGGAGUACUUGCUUAUCGGAUUGGUUUCCGCUGUUCCUGCUUUCAUCAUUCCAAUGCUGCUUGUUGGAAAGGCUGAUAGAAGCAUUUCUUGGAAGGAUCGUUAUUGGGUCAAGGCUAGUCUCUGGAUAACAAUCUUCAGUUAUGUUGGGAAUUAUUUCUGGACUCAUUAUUUUUUCACAGUUCUUGGUGCAUCUUAUACCUUUCCAUCGUGGAAAAUGAACAAUGUACCACACACAACAUUCCUGCUCACUCAUGUUUGCUUCCUGUUUUAUCAUGUUUCAUCGAACAUGACACUGCGUCGGUUACGGCAUUUCAUUUCUGAUUUGCCUGAAAAAAUUCAAUGGGCUACGGAAGCUGCAUGGAUUCUUGUUCUUGCUUAUUUUAUAGCAUACCUGGAGACACUGGCUAUCUCCAAUUUCCCUUAUUAUCAAUUUGUGGAUCGGGACUCUAUGUAUAAAGUUGGAUGUCUGUUUUAUGCCAUAUACUUUAUUGUGAGCUUCCCAAUGUUUUUAAGGAUAGAUGAGAAACCUGGCGAUAAAUGGGACUUGCCCAGAGUGGCUGUUGAUGCUUUGGGUGCUGCCAUGCUGGUCACAAUAAUACUUGAUUUGUGGCGCAUCUUUCUGGGACCUAUUGUUCUAAUCCCAGACACAAAACAGUGUCCUCAGGUAGGAUUACCCUGGUUUAUAGGACACGCCAAUCUCACAUGA